GAUGAAUUAUUUGUUAAAUUUGUAAUUAUAACAACUGCGCUUCCUAUGAGAGCAGGGAGGCUUCAGUGAAAAGCCUGGGAACAGUCAAAAAAAGUGUUCAUCCUUUACUACUUUCUCCAUACAUUAAGCCAGCACACCACCAACUUGCGUUUUAUUGGUCAAUGAUUGAGUGAACGUUUGGAAUGUUAAAAAUGUAUUUUAGAUGCUUGGAAGGGUUGGGUGGUACAUUACAAUACAGCCCUCCGAAAGUCAGUGCAUUCUUUGUGGUGUGCUGUGUUAUACACUAAAUAGCCAUACACCUUGGAUGUGACACAGACCCCACAGAGUAGACAUUACAGGACUUUCAUAGGGAGAGAGAAAGAGAUUACAGCACACAGAGUGCACGAGAGAGCAGGGACUUGUUGGCUGUGGAGCCGUUUCUCUCGUGAGCAUACAUUCAUCUUAUGAAGUGCAUGUCUGAAAUAAAUGAAACUUAGUUGAAGUGGUGAAAUGUUUUCUUUAUUUUUAAUUGUGGUAUUAAACAAAAAAUUGACAGUAAAGAAACAAUAUUCAUAAUAUACUAUAUUAACUCUCUGCAGACUGAACAGCUGUGACCUCACAGAGGAGUCCUGCGAUAUUGUGGCCUCAGCUCUCCAGUCAUCAAACUCAACCCUGAGAGAUCUGGAGCUCAGCUACAAUAACCUGAGAGAUUCAGGAGUGAAGCUGCUCUGUGCUGGACUGAUGAGUCAAAACUGUAAACUACAGAGACUGGGGCUGGGUUGGUGUAAUCUCACAGAGGGCUGCUGUGAUGUUCUGGCCUCAGUCCUGCGUUCUCCUCACUCAGAGCUGAGAGAUCUGGAGCUCAGAGACAACGAGCUGCAGGAUUCAGGAGUGACAGCGCUCUCUGCUGGACUGGAGGACCCACACUGUAAACUGCAGAGACUGGGGCUGUCAGGCUGUAGAGUCACACAGAGAGGCUGUGAUUCUCUGGCUUCAGCUCUGUGUUCAAACCCCUCACACCUGAGAGAGCUGGACCUGAGAUACAAUCACCCAGGAGACUCAGGAGUGAGAGCGCUGUCUGCUGCUAAACUGGACACACUCACACUGCUGUAAGUACAGAGAGUUUACACACUGCACCUCACACACACACACACACACACACACACACCUGAGAGAGCUGGACCUGAGAUACAAUCACCCAGGAGACUCAGGAGUGAGAGCGCUGUCUGCUGCUAAACUGGACACACUCACACUGCUUGUGGACCAUGGAGGAGAGAACAGGACCAAACCAGGACCCAGGAAAUACGGCUGUCAGCUCACACUGGAUCCAAACACAGCGCACAGAGAGCUGUCUCUGUCUGAGGGGAACAGGAGGGUGACACACACACCGGGGAGAGAGCAGCCAUAUCCUGAUCAUCCAGAGAGAUUUGAGCAUGUCCGCCAGGUUGUGUGCAGAGAGAGUGUGUGUGAGCGCUGUUACUGGGAGGCUGAGUUCAGUGUGGGAGGGGUUGAUAUAGCAGUGACAUAUAAAGGGAUCAGCAGGAAAGGAGAGAGUUCUGACUGUGGGUUUGGAUGGAAUAAAAACUCCUGGAGUCUGUCAUGCCGUAAUCUCACCUCUUUUCCAUCCGGUGUUCUGAAUCACUUUUUCUCUGUCUGGCACAAUGCGAACGAAAUACAAGUGCUUGACCUCUUCCCCUACUGCACAGCAGGAGUGUGUGAUGAUGAUGAUGAUGAUCUUAUUAGAGGAACGUGUGUGUACAGGGUAGGAGUGUGUGUGGACCGUCCGGCCGGCACUCUGUCCUUCUACAGCGUCUCUGACUCUGACACACUGACCCUCCUGCAUAGACUCCACACACACUUCACUCAACACACACCCCUCUGUACUGGAUUUACAGUGUUGAACUCCUCAGUGUCCCUCUGCCAACUGGAGUAGACACACACUCGCAUACACACACACACACGCAUGUGCGCGCACACACUCAUAUACACAUACACACAUACAUACCACACUCAUAUAUCCACUCACACACACACACACCACACAUACUCAUAUACACACACACACGCACACUCAGAUACACAUAGACACACCCACACCUACACACACGCAUGCACACACACACACACACUCAUAUAUACAUGCACACACACACCUCACUCAUAUACCCACUCACACGCACACACACUCAUAUACACAUACACACCACUCAACACACACCUGUCGGUGCUAGAUUUAGAGUGUGUGACUCCUCAGUAUCCCUUUGCUCACUAAAGUAGAGACACAUAUGCACACACACUUACUCUCCAGCACACACACACAUACUCUCACACACUCACAAAUACACACACUGGUGUACACUCAUGCACACGCACUCACAAAAUUACACACACAUACACACUCUCUCACGCCCAAUCACACACUUGCACACACAAUCUCUCGCACACACAAACACACACAUUCACCAGUGCACUCUCACGCGCACACACACAUGCAUGCAUAUGUACACACGCUCAUAACCAUCUGCACACACACACACACACACACACUCUCUCUCUCUCAUACUCAGUCACUCACACACACACCCUCUCUCUCUCACACACACUCACAUCCACAGUCACACACAGAUUCACACAAAUGCACGCACACAUACACAAACUCAUGCACUCACGCACACACACAUACAUGCGUGCAGAGA